UUCUUUUUCUUUUUUUUUUUUUUUUGCAGCUGGGCUGCUAUUUUCGCUUCUUUCCUAAUAAUUUAUUAUUAUUAUUUCUGUUCUGUUCUUGGGACUAUCUAAUUUGGCUUAAUUAUAAUUCGUUUUUGUUUCCCAUUUCUUUGAUUUCUUCUGAGAAAACCUCCUGGGCAACCUCCUGGGAAACGAACCUCCUGGCCCGACCACUACACGAGCUUCCUUCCCAUCGCGGUGUGGUGUGAAGACCGGUGCCUGGUAGGUGAGCUCAACAUCGCGAAGGCUGGUCCUCCGUGUUUAGCUGGGAGAACAGAGACAGACAAUCACCAAUUCGAACCGACCAGGUCUCUUUCACUUCGAUUUAUUCAUUUUAUUAUUUAUUUUAUUUUCAUCUAUUGCUCUGUUUACUCCGAGAGGGCGACGAGUCAAGGCAGGAUAACCGAGUCAAAUGGAACAAGACCAACCGAGAGACGACGACGGCGCCGCAGAGCUAGGGAAGAGCCUCGUGACAGUGACAGCGACAGUGACAGCAACACAAAACACGACACACACAGCCCCGGGACUCUUGUCGACAGGCCUCGACGUCCCUCCGCCUGUGCCCCCGAAAGAUGACCUACCUCUGUCGCGCCCCGGGACGGCCCCGACCUCGACCUCGACCUCGACCUCGACCUCGGCUACGAACGAUGCGACACUCAGCGGAACCAAGAUCGGGCCCAAGCCCGGGACGGCGGGGACCGGCAGGAGCGCCACGGGCCCCAGCAUAGCGGGCACCAUGUCGACGUCCCGGUCUCGCGCCCACUCCCGCGCCCACUCCCGCGCCCAGCCCAGCACGAGUACGCUGGCGAGCAGCUACUUCGGUCCUCCCGCCGCGCCGCCUCCCGCGAGAGAACUGCCGCCGCCACCGACGUUGGCGAGCCUUUCGAGACCCAGCACGGCGGGGGUCAGCAGCAGGCCUAGGCACCACACAGCGGGAGAAGAGGGUGAGGCGCCUGUGCCCGUACCCGUGCCUGUUCAGCCUCUUCCGCAAUUGCCUCCACCCUCCAAUUCCAAGUGGGACGAGGCGAGAGUGACUGUCGAGAUGGCCUUGUCCAGGGCGAGGAGUGUUACUUCUGCGGCAGGCAGGAAGUUGUCUGAUUCGACGUCCAACAUGGCGACAGGCGUGAAGAUGAAGAGUAAAUCCUGCAAGGCGAUGUGGUAUGGCGCCGAGAAGGAGCAGGAGCAGGAGCACCAGGCCGAUGGUCCCACGGCGUUGGUACCGCAACCUUCGGACGACGAGGAGGAUCCUCUGAACUGGCCCCUCUGGAAAAAGGACCUCACCCUCUUCGCCCUGCUAACCGCCCUCGCAACAACCUCGGCAACAAAGACAAUCCUCCUCCCGCUCGCCUCCCCGCUCGCCUCCCACCUCGCGGCAUCCCCCACCUCCGUCGCCGCCCUCACAGCCGCCCCGCUCCUCUUCUCCACCGUCGCGGUGCACGCCAGCGUCGUCGCCUCAAGGCUCUACGGCAAGAGACCCGUCUACAUCGCCUCCCUCGUCCUCCUCCUCUGCGGCUGCGCAGCCACCGCCUCCACCUCGACGCGCGCCACCUACGGCGGCUUCCUCGCCGCCCGCAUCGUCCAGGGCCUGGGCUGGGGCGCCUUCGACGCGCUGCCGCUGGGUUCCGUGUACGACCUGUACUUCGAGCACGAGCGCCGCCCCCGCCUCGCCCUCCUGGACGCGGUGACCGCCAUCGCCACCUGGGGGUCCCCGCUCUUCACGGGCGUCGCGGCACGGGACGCGGGAGGGGAGGGAAACCGCGCUUUCGCCGUGCCGUUCCAGAUAGCGACUGGAUUCCUCGCUGUUUCGAUCCUCCUCGCCCUCUUUGCGGCCCCGGAAACUGCUUUUGAUCGCUGGUUCAGCGGAACGGGUACCGGUACUACCACCGCCAGCAAGUCGCCUGCGCCGUCGCGGCGCCGGUCAUCCGUCGGCACAACGUCCACCAGGACAACCACGACCAUGACGACGAGGCGGAUCGAAUUCGGCCACUACUGCCGCGUCAACGUCCGCGUCCCGACCUCCGAGACAACGAGGUACUACCUAGACCGCAUCAACCCGGUCUCCGAUUUCCGCGGGUACCGCGACACCCGGACCCUGCUCCAAGGGCCUCGCGCCGUCAUCACGCCCACGACCCUCCUUCUCGCCCUCCUCACCCUCCUCCCCACCUCGGCCCUCUGGGGCUUGACCCACGUCACCUCCACCCUCUUCGCCCCUCGACGGGCCGCGGCUCUCGAUCCCGCUCAGGUCGGGUCUCUCCUGGCCGCCCCUUUCGUGCUCGCCACCGCCUCGGUGCUUUCGUUCGCCGCCCUGUCGGACCGUCUGGGACUGUCGCCUACCGCCGUCUCCACCUCCACCAUGACGGCCCGGAGCCUCUUGGCCGUCACCUCGGCAGGUACACUGCUGAUGAUGACAGGAACCCUAGCCUUCGGUCUAGAAACCCACGCCCGCGCGGGGGUGCCCGGUGCGCUCUCGUUCCCCCUCCUCUCCGUCCUGCUCGGCUUCCUCGCGGCGGGGACGUACGGUCUCGGCGGUCUGGUGCGGCCGCUUUCCUGGCGGUUGGCGCGGAGCAAGACGGCCAACCCGCACGUCUGUCUCCGGGUCGUGGCCGACAUGGAGGCCGGCGUGGGAUGCUGGCGGGCUUUCUUCGCCGGCAUCUUCGUCCUGGGAAUUGCCAACGCCGUGGAGCGGUCUUCUUCGGGGGUGGGUCGUUCGGCUGGGGAGGCUGCUGGGGUGCUCGUUCAGGGGACGCGGGGACUACGGGCUAUGGUGAUCGGCAUGUCCGUUGCGCAGGCAGUCAUCGCGGCGAUGGUAGGUGCCGUGUGGUGGCGCUGGGAUGAGAGUGUGCUCCGGCUGGACGGACGGGUGCUGGGGCUGGUAGAUUUGAGCACCUUGAAGAGGUCGAGGAGCUUCUUCGACCAUUAGUGUUAUCCCAUCUCUCUUCUGUGCAUUUGUCUUGAGAAAGGAAGGAUGGUGAUGUCGAAUCGAAGAACUUGCUAGACAGUUUAGGUAAGGUAGAGUGCCUAAUUAGGUACCUAUGUACUCCGUAUAGGUCACGUGCAUCUCUGCGCACUAGCCACAGAUGACUCAGCCUCCCGAUUAUAAGCCACAAUAUCCGACAUUCCCCAAACCAUC